GCCGAGAGUAUCGGGUCGGGUCGGGCGGCCAGUCAGGCAGCCAGCCAAACGGGUUGGUCAGAGUGUGGAGGUCCGGAGCGACGUUCGACGCGCCCGCGCCGCGAGAGUGGAGUGGUGGUGGCGGAGGAGGUGGAGGCCCUCUCCUCGUCCGAGGUGUGUUUCGAGCCGAGCCCGAGCGCGCAGCCGAGCCGAGCCGAGCGGACAGGAAAAGCAAAGCAAGAGCCCCCCAGCGCCAGGGCCGUAGGCAGGCCAGGCCCGGGCGAGAAGAAGAACAAGUCUCGACGUCGCGACGCGAGCUGCGCUGAGCUCCGCUGAGCUGCGCGAGCUGGUCUCUGUGAGGAUAAACACGGCCGCGGGCGCCUCUGCGCGUGCGAGCGAGUGAGAGUGUUGUUGUAGGCGAGGCCCACGACGGCACGGCGGAACUGUGUGUCUGGGUGAUAACCUUCAGCGCUUAGCGCAGCUAGCGCAGCGCCUCGGCCCAGAGCGAGCGCCUUGGCCGCCGCCAAGGGCCGCCCCCCGGACGCCACCAGGAUGACGUCUCCGAGAAAGUUCGCCGAGAAGAUCGCCCUGCACAACCAGAAGCAGGCCGAGGGCACGGCCGAGUUCGAGCAAGUGAUGCGCGAUGUCCACAAGGCGACGAAGGCGAAGAGUAUUGGGAUAUGUCAAACUGACGAAUUGCAGUCCAAUUCUGUCACACUACCAAAUGUCGCAAAUGUUGCUGUCCAAGCCAACGCUAUGGUGGUAACGUUGUCGAAGAUCCCCGGGCAGCCACCGGGUCCGUCGCUCAGCCCGGCGCCCAGCCCGUCGCCCAGCCCGGCCAUGUCGCCCGCGCUGUCGCCCGCCGACGAGCAGGGUCCCGGCCAGGGUCCCGGCCAGCAGGGCGGCCAGGGCCGCGGGCGCAGCGCGGGCGUGGGGCCCAUGCGCGCGCGCCCCGGCGGCGACAAGCGCCUCGACACCUCGCCCUACGGCACGCCCGUCAACACGACCGGCACCAUGGGGCCCUACCUGUCGCCGCCGUCCGACUCGACCUGGCGCCGGACGCACUCGGACUCGGCGCUGCACCAGAGCUCCUCCAUCACCGGCGACAUCCACCACCUGACGCCGCUCACGCCCCUCAGCCCGGCCACCGCGCGCAGAGCUGCAGAAGCUCAUCAGCACGCACAGGAGCAGAGGAAUCGAAGGCACUUGUCUGCCUCUCCUGACGGAAGAUCCCGCUCCUCAAUGACGUCUCAACCCAGAGCAAUUGCAAAUAACAUGUAUCAACUACAACAGGAGAUGCAGUCAAUACCCACGGGCUCUCUUCCUGAUCUCACAAGUCUUCACUUCCCUCCGCCUCUACACACUCCCUUAGACCAAGAUGAUUCAAAUUCUCCCUAUGGAACCAGCCCAAGAAAUACUUCACUGGCCAUGCUCUCACCUGCAGGCCAUAUGUCUGGUGGUGACCGGUUUACGUAUUCUCCCCACACAUCGCGAGGUCCCAGUCCUGAGCCUGGCUACCAUAGUCCACACAGUCCACACAGUCCUCACAGCCCGCACAGUCCUCACAGUCCUCACAGUCUUCAAAGUCCCCUCAGCCCUCAUGGACCUCACAGUCCUAAUUCACUUACUGUGCCAGGGCACUUUAGGUUGCUGCAUGCUUGUAAGGGAGUUAUCCAAGAUAAUGGUCUGGAUCUUCAAUCACAAUCUCGUCAGGAUGGACAGCAGACACAGAACCACUACAUCUAUCAACACCAAGAAGAUUCUCACUUAGUACCUCAUAUGAAUGCAUCGCCACCAAUCAACAUCAAUAAUUCUAAUCUUCAUCAAUCUGCCCAUGACACCAAUUCCCUGAGUUCAUAUAGAAAUCCUCAAUGCAUUACAAGACCCAGUCCUCAGAAUUCACCUAGUCUUGCUCAGCCUUACCGUUGUAUUAGUCCUCACAGCGCCCCCCCAAGCCCAAUCUCUGUGGACAGCUCACCAAGUUACAUGCCAGAGAACAGUUUCUACACCCAAGCACAGGCCGCCUUACAACAGGGAUUGGAGCAAUUCUCAAUGUCGGACGAUCCACUAACUCAAGUGCAUGAGCUCACUCCUGAUCCUGGCUACUAUAGCACUUCACCUGCCCAACUUCACUAUACACAGAAUCAAAAUCAUGGUCAUCAUAACAAUAUGUGUGAUUCAAGAACACAGCAACCCCAGACUCCCAACACUCCAACUAGUAUUCCAGACAUUAUUUUGACAGAUGCAGAUGAUCUUGCUAAAGAGCUUGGUUCUGCAAUAAAUGUGGGAUCUAUAGAUUUGGAAGAUGUAUUUCCAAGUGAUGCCUUACGAGAGAGUCUAAGCAGAUUGGAUGCAGAGGCUCUUGAUAUGCUUACAAAUCCCAACAUGGACAUGGUGACAGACCCAGCCACUGAGGCUCAUUUUCGUAUGGAGAAUGACAAUAUGUAGUGUUCAGCCCAGGCAGACUUCGACCCUGAUUUGGAUCUUGUCCUUGAAAUAGGACUUGAGCUUGAUCAGGAGAAUUCUGCCUGAAGACAAGUGAGAUAUGUAAUACUUAAUUAAGAAGAGGACUUGUGAUUGUUCACAAAACUUUUUUUUUUCUUGUAAGUUUUCUAUUAUUGUUUAGGUUUAUUUGCAUCAGUGUUAUUGUUCAGGAAGAAGCUUAGAAAUUUUAUGAAUCAUUGUUCACAGCUUUGUUGAGAAAAGCACCUGAUAACUCCUACAUUUGAAGUACAAAUGAAGCAAUGAAGGCUAAGUCAAUCGUAUGGUGGCAAUAUCAUUGAAGUGUCUGGGCCAUGUACAGACAAGCAAUUGAAAUAGGGGGAUUAUUGAAGAUAAUUCUGUAUGUUUUAUUCAUAUCUAACUUUAGUGUUCAUCUCUUCUGACAUUUUCCCCCUCUUAAGUUAAUGUACUUUAGUCUUUGGGAACUGAAGGUUACCCCUGGUUUCAAUUUUCUGUGGACGGCAAUUUUGAUAAAUUCUAUUAAGCUGUGAAAUGUAUUAUAAGCGCUGAAUAUUCAACCACCCGUCCAAUUUUGUGCAAUUUGCAAAAUUAAAGACAAUUGUUACAGCAAUGAAGCCAUGAAUGUUACUUAAAUAGUUUGCUGGCUUUGUCAGUGUCAUACACUAAGUAAAUCUCAACAGAGAUAAUUUAUAUUUGGAAUUGUGAAGAGCUGUUGAUUUCAAUGAAUUAGUUUUUGUUUCUCUUGUCGAGUGGAUUUAAAUGUACUAUUUCAAUUUCUGUUAUGUGGCACCAUUCAACUUAAUGAUUAUAUCAUACGCAUGUAUGAUUUGCCAUUGGUGCUUUUUGUUGAUGUUUCAUUUAGAAUAUUCACAAGUUGUCUUUUUUUUUUCUUAGCUUUCUGAUCUUAUAUUUGUAAGUAACCUCUAUGUAUACAUGGCUGUGAAUAUGUAAUUCAGAAACAACAGCAAUUUUUUAAAUCUCAAACAUUCUACUGAAAUAUUUGAAAUUUUCUUCAUGUUUGUUAAUUAGUUAGUUUUUUAAAUCAGCUAGCCAAUUGUUUUUCUUUAAUAUUGAUUAUUUUGAGCUGAAUUUGCAGUAUUUUUAAUCUUGUACUUUCAAAUGGUGUGUUUGUUAAACCUAGGGGGAACCUUACAUAUACUUACUUGUAUUUUAACCUUCUUGCCAGGGAUUGCUUGCAAAGUCUCUUGUGGCACACUGUUUCACUUAACUGUGUGAACCAUAAGAUAUGGUGUUCUGUAUAUUGAAGCAAUUCUGUGAUAAUGUGAACUGUUGCUUCUUUUAAACAUUUUAUCACUUAAAAAGUUCAAUGUUUUAGAGAAUUUAUUGACUUUGUCUUAUUAGUUCUUUUUACAGUUUAUGUAUGUAUUAUGUUGUUUUUGUUUAUAAAUCAUUCUUUGCUAGUGUAGGUUUUGAAAUUGGACUUUGCUUUUAUAUAGCAUUUUGUUGACAAAUGUUUGAUUUUAUCUCCAGACUGAAUACAUUCUCUGAAGGCCCCAAGCUGUGCUUAAAAGCUCCAGCUUUUUUGAGGCAGUGUUCGUGAUAUCAAUUUUAAAAAGCGCACACAAUUUGAUGUGAAUGAACGCAUUGAUGGACAGUUAAGAACAUUUGCAUCUCUAUUAAUGCAUAUCAUUUUGAAGGAUUUCAGAGACUUAGUUCUAUUAACCAUGCAACCAUGCAUUUCACUUUCUUUUUUUUUUGCAGAGGUGAUAGGAAACAAUGCAACAUGGCAGAUUGUCCCACCCCAUGAAAAAUAUUUUCUUUAUCAUUGGUCAUGUCUAAGACAAAAUUUAUGACUGUACGAGUUAUAUUUCUAGAUGCUUAUUGUGUUUUAGAUCAUAUUUUAUUAUAAACUGAAGGUUGAUUUUUGUAUGUGUGCUGCUUCUGUUCCUUUUGACCUCAUUUUUAGCUUUCUUUGAUCAAUCCAGUUUAAGAACUUUAACUGUUAUGGGUUUUAAAAACUGGCGGAGCACCUGGAUUUUCUUCAUGUUUCUGAUAAGAAACAUGUGGUUUCAACCUGCUAAUGAAACUGAUUUUUUAACUUAGCAUGCUUGUUCUUUCUGUUAUUGUUUCAAUUGAGAACUGAAUGUUUCCACUGGCAACCAAAUCCAAAUUUUACUGCUGCUAUCAAAUAGGGGACAUCAGGCUCUGAGAUUCAAAUUUGUUCAUCUUUGCGCAAGUUCAAUUUGAAAGUGAAGUCAUUUCCAAAUCAUACACCCUUCUACAAUCUCCAUUUAUGUCAUUUUGCUAGUAAGUAGCAUACUUAACUGUUCAAACAAGUUGUUGUGGUCUGUUUCAACAUCGUAACUGAACAACUGGCACUGUUCUCAUCCAACGUACCUGACAGUAGGUUUUAUUAAGUGCUGUGUUCAUGUGACAGGCUGACUUUCUUUCAAUGUAACUUCUGUGCGUUAGUACUAAGGUAUUUUAAAUUUAAGUGAUGAGACUGGUUCACCUUGGUAUGUGGGUUAGAAAUUUUUUGACUUGACUGAAUGACCACAAAUUACAGUUGUGAUUCUGGCUACAUUAUACUCUAUUUCAAAUAUUUUAAAUGUUUUAAAUUCAAAUUGUUACCGCUUGUUAAAUAUGAGCAUAAUAUGUCUACCUUAUUUCGAGGUUCAGUUAUAAGUUGAUCUGUUGGUUUCUAGUGUGCACAGUUUCAAGAGUGGUAUAUAAUAUUAAUCACACUGUCUCUUAAUAUGCUUCCAAUGGGUGCAGUUUGGUGGUGUGGGAUUAGUUUCGAUAGAGUGUCUGUGAUGCUCCAGCAAAGUGUGCCCUAGUUUUCUCUAGAGAAAGCCAUGAUCUGAAUUUACUUCAGGUUGGAAAUUAGACACUUCCAGUUUACUUCCAAUCUUUAAAAUGUUAUUUUUUUUGCUGAAGGCGAAAAUUUAUUUCAUAAUUCUGAACUGGUAUUCUGCACCUUACGCAUAUUGUCUUAAUAAUCCCACACUACCCAGUAAAUUUUUCACCCUUAUUUUCCUGGAACAUCUUGCAAAAGUAGUGCAAUAUUGUGUUUAUCUUGACAAGUGAUUUAUUUUUUUACAAUACAAACCCUGUUAGAGCUGCUGUUAUUACAGGGAAAUAUUUAAGAAAGUCAGUUUAUCUUGCCAAUGCCUGACAAUGUCAGAGAUGUUACAUUUAAAUUAAAUGUGAAAAAAUAAAUAAAAACAAAGUGCCUGUA